AUGUCUUUUGUAUCUGAACCCACCGCGCCCUCAAUCCGCACAGCAGUCCCCGGACCUGGGACGCACCGAAUCAAAGAGGAUUUAGAUGCUGUCAUUGAUGCCCGCACUGUGCAGAUGGUCAUUGAUUAUGAUCAGAGCAUUGGAAACUACAUCACCGAUGUUGACGGCAACACCUACCUUGACGUGUAUGCGCAGAUCGCCUCUAUUCCCAUCGGAUACAACAAUCCCACUUUGAUUAAAGCCGCAAAAUCACCAGAAAUGGUCUCUGCCCUGGUCAACCGCCCAGCUGUUGGAAAUUUCCCUUCCCACCGAUGGCUUGCCCUAUUGCGCGAAGGUCUGAUGCGGGCAGCUCCUCCAGGGUGCACACAGGUGUUCCCAGCGCAGUCAGGGUCCGAGGCCAAUGAUCUCGCCUUCAAGGCAGCUUUCAUGGGCUAUCGUCGGCAACAACGAGCCGGCAGCCCUUGGACCGAGCAUGAGCAGGCGACAGCAAUGAAAAACCAGGCUCCUGGUUCCCCCGAUCUGGCUAUUCUCAGCUUCCGCAACUCAUUCCAUGGUCGCAGCUUUGGCAGUUUGUCCACCACCCGCUCUAAACCCAUCCACAAGGUAGACAUCCCGGCUUUCAAGUGGCCCCAGGCCACUUUCCCACAGCUCAAAUAUCCCUUGGAAGCCCACAUUGAAGAGAACACACAAGAAGAGGUGCGGUGCCUGCAAGAGGUUAGAAAUAUCAUUUCUUCCUGGCACUGCCCAGUGGCUGGUAUUAUUGUUGAGCCCAUUCAAAGCGAAGGUGGUGACAACCAUGCCUCGCCAUGCUUCUUCCAGAAGCUCCAGGCCAUAACCAAGGCACAUGGAAUUACUCUGAUUGUCGAUGAGGUCCAGACAGGCUUUGGAGCAACAGGCAAAUUUUGGGCGCAUGAGCAUUGGGCGCUGCCCUCUCCCGUGGAUAUUGUGACCUUCUCUAAGAAGGCCCAAACCGCUGGAUACUUCUUCAGCGAUGAGAAUCUUCGCCCCGACAAGGCCUAUCGACAAUUCAACACAUGGAUGGGAGAUGCCGCCCGAAUCAUCAUCUGCAAUGCCGUCAUUGACGAGAUUCUCAGCAAGAAUCUGGUGAGCAAGACGGCCAAAAUUGGUGCAGUUCUCUACGACAGCCUGGCUACCUUGGCAGCCAAGUAUCCCAACCGGAUUCAGAGCCUCCGUGGCAAGAAUAAGGGCACAUAUAUUGCCUUUGACACGCCUGAUUCAAGCACUCUGCUAAAAAAGAUGCGCGAGUUGGGCAUCAAUAUCGGGAGCUGCGGUGUUCAAACCGUUCGGUUGCGCCCCAUGCUAAUCUUUGAGGAAUCUCAUAUCGCUCCUCUUUUGGCGGCUUUUGAGACUGCCUUUUUACAGUUGGCAUAG